AAAAAAACUAGAAGAAAAGAGGCGCGAGGAAUACAGUGUUAUACAUUACAGAGUUGUAUAUCGUAUAACAGUUAUCGGUGUACAAUGUUGUUAACUCGGAUAUUUCAAUUAUAAUUAACUAAAAUGGUAAAAGUCAACGAAAGCACUAGAAAUAGAGCUAAUACAGCAAAAACAACCACGCCUACGAAAAUUAUGAAUGGAAAAGUUAAAAAAGUGCGUGUAAACAUAAAUAUGAAAAACUCUUUUAACAUUAAUGUGGGAACCUCCAAAGUAAACUCAAUUGGAAUUAUAGAUCCAAAUGCUACACUAAAAACUCGUUUAUGUUUUUUAAAAUUACGACGCAACUCACACAACAACAAUAACAAUACAUUGCAGGCUCAGUGUAAAGUUAAUAAUAAAAAUGAAAAAACAAUCUGUGAAAUUGAAAAACAAACACGAUCAGUAGACGAGUCUUCAAAGAAUGUUGAUGGAAAUGUAAAGACAACUAAUAGAGAUAUAAAAGCAAACAUAAAUAACCAAAUAAUAAACAUUACUAAAGCUAAAACGAAUAAUUCAGCUUCAAAAACAAAUUUGGACAUAGACGUUAACAAUGAAACCAAUACAAAUCGAAGUUCAGAAAUAUCCCUAAAACCGUGUCGUAUUAGGUUAAAACGUAUAGAUUUAGUUAAAACAAGGCAAGAGGAGGCACAACCUGAGGAUAAACAUGUGAAAAACAAACGAAUCGAGCAAAUAACAAAAGAGCCAUCAAUACCUAGCACUGUCAAAAGAUUUGUAGUUAAAUUACAAAGGAUCCCAUUUACGCAAAAAUCUAAUGAUAUUGUAAAAGAUCCUUCAAAGCCCAGCUCUACCAAAAGUAGUGUAGUUAAAUUAAAACAAAUUCCGGUUACGCGAGAGUGUUCAAUAAAAAUACGAAGAAUACCAAUUUUACUGAGAGACAAAGGAAAUGGUGAAUACACAGAAACUGUAUCAUCAAGCUAUUUAUCGACAAUACCAGUAAUUGAUAAAAGUAAACGUGAUAAUUUUUAUAAAUUAAGUUUAACAAAAUCAUUAAGAAAAUCCUCAGAAAAUAAAGAAAAAGUAUCUGUUAUGAAUUCAAACCUAGAAGAUAAUCAACAAAAAAAGAAUCCGGAAUCUAAAACAAUAGAAAUUCGUAAUAACAAUAACACAGAAAUAUGUAUAACAAAUAAUUUAAAAGAUCAGACAUGCCCUAAACAUUUAGGUAAAUUAUCCUUAAGAAGGCCAAAUGGACAAAACAAUAAAAAUGUAACAACAAAUUUUGAAGUAACGCAGUUUGAACCACAACAAAACUCUACAAUUUGUUUUGAGCCUGCAAGAAAUUCUACUUUAUUGGAAUUUGGUUUUACUAAAGACAAAAAUAAAGAGUUUCCAAAAGAAAAGCCCAAGGAAGUAACAUCUUCUAAAGACAAGCCUUCAUCCCAAAAUCUGGUAAAUCAAUUUGAUGUAAUUGCAUCUCUAUUACAACCACCAUUGAAAUCACAAGAUAAGAGAAACGAAAAUGAAGUAGUGAAUAAUAAAGAAUCAGAGAAAGAAAAUAAUACCGAGAAUAAGGCAGAAACAGAAAAUAAUAUUUUACCUUCCAAUAAUCAGACCAAACAGUCUUUUCAUCGUAAAAAAGAAGAGACUCAGGAAAAAUUGGCAGCUAAUCCAAAAAUAAAAGCUGUUGGAACACAAAAUAAUAUCUCAUAUUCUAAGAAUCAGAACAAUAAAUUCUUUCAUAAUAAAAAAGAAGAGGCCCAAGGAAAUGUUGUGAAAGAUGUACCUGAGCCAAAAACAACAUCUACACCUAAACCUCUAGAAGUCACAAAAAAACGUCGUUAUUUUACAAAACGUUCUACUAUGGUAAAACGAGACAAUAUAUACGAAUUUUUAUCACAAUCUCAAACAUCGGAUUCGGAUGGUACUGCAAAACUUUCAGAUCCAACAGCGGAUAUUAUUAAGAAACUAAUAGAACAAGGAAAAGUACGAGUGGCCACCAAUUGUAAAGGAAAAGGUAAACCGAAAUUUAAACGAAAAGUUCCUCCGAAAAAAAUGAAAAAAAUAAAACAAACAGGCGUUCAAAAAUUAAAACAAUUGAAAAAUGACAAAAAUAAAGCGACAGCCUCAAAGAUACACGAUAUCAUAGACGAUGAAGUGGUAGUGGAGAACAUAAAUUAUUUUGAGAAUUAUGAAUCACCUCCCGAUGAUGACUACGACAUGGAAAAUGAAAGGCCUGAAAUUGCUACUAAGAGAUUGAACAACUACAAGAAUAAAAAUCAUUCCAAUGAUCAGGAAGGAACAUUUAGUCGCUUAGCUAGAACCGUAUUAAUAAAUGAAGCGGGACGUUCUGAUUUACAAAGGAAAAAUGCUUCAUUAUUAUUAGAAAAGGUAAGAAAAUAUAUUAGUACACCAAAAAACAACCAAAUGCCUUCGCCUCAAGCAGCCUUAGAAUCGGAAUUAUCUCCUAUAACUAUACUGCCUAUACGACCAGCAACAAAAGCAUCUCCGUGGCGAGUUGAUGAAGAUGCUUAUUUACCUAGAACUUUUAAUUUUGCUCGAAGCUCGGGAAAUUUACCAUCAUUUUCCAGUGAUUUUAUACCAUCAACACCCAUUAAAGAGAAACCGAAAAACCAUGUAAUUAUGCAAGAGCAAAUAUCAGUAACCAACAAUCAAAACUCAGUACCAGAUUUAACGACUCUUCAAAGCCCCCUUAAUAAUGCUGUAGAAAAUAUACAACCACAAAUACAAACACCCAAUGAAAAUGAACCAUCUGUAUUGUCGUCAUUUUCAUCCAACGAUUCCAACGCAGAGAAUAUGGCACCUCCUAUGCCCAUACAAGAAAACAACAAUGAGAAUGAAAAUAUAUUUGAUUUAAAACAACUGCCAAAUCCUCGAAGAGCACUAAAUUUUCGUAGCCCACUAAAAGCCAUAAAUAUUUUAGAAGUAGUACACUUGCCUCCAUAUAAAAAUGCAAAUAAAACUCCCAACACCAAGAAAUCUGGAGCCGAAGAAGUUGAAAUGUUCGGCUUUGAAGAAAAUUUAGGUGAAGAAUCUUUGCAAGCAGAUCAAAAUGGCCAAAAUAUUGAGUCCAUUAAUGUUUCCCAACAAGCAGUUAAUAAUAAAAAAACUAAAAAUCAUUGCAAUGAAAAUCUUUUCGGCUUUGAAGAUUUUUUAUCUCAAACGGAAAUUUCAAGCCUAGAUUGUGAUGAGAUAAACAACAGUGAAACUACAACAAAUGGACAAAAUCAAACUAUUCAUGACAAAUUACAGAAUUUACGAAAAUUUAAACCUUCUGAAAACGAACUUCAAUUAAGUUUACUUGAAGGCAAUUUGCGAAAUCCUUUAAUAUCAAUACCUUUAUUUGAUGAAGGUUCUUCAAAAGCAGAUGGCAUGAGACAGAGGGGCAUUAAAGAAAUGCUUUGCUCUACCCUGAUAAAUCCAGAACCGUCAACAAGUAAAGAGGCUUUAACACAAUUAAAAACAACAAAUUGGAAACAUUCAAAAAGACCGAACUUUGGCGUGGAGUUAGAUGUAAGCGAACUAUUAUUUAAAGAUCCCGAACCAGAAACCACUUUUAAUGAAAAUGAUGCUCAUCGUACUUAUAUACGCCCUUAUAAGCGUAAGCGCCGCUUAAAACAAAAUAAAUAUGUAAUGUUUUUAGACAGCGAUGAAUCCGGCGAUGAAAAUAAUUCGGGAGAGCAACGAAAACAUCAGCAUAGUCACGAAACCGAUACUAGUUCGGAAAAGGCUCCAAAAAAGAAACGACAACGCAAAGAGCCCAAAGAAAAACCAGAACUUACCGAUUUUGUGGAUGAAUUCAACGAGAUGUGUAAAGAAGUUGAUAGCUAUGAGUUAAUUGUGGAAAAGAGUGCAUAAGAGUUUAUCGGAUGAUACUGUCAUAUACGUAUUUAUUUUAAUUGGAAAUCAGCAGUACUUUUUUAUUUACCUUAAAAAGAAGUUUGAUUUUUAAUUUUUAAAUUUAUUUUAGAUGUUAGCUUUUUGCUGCAAUGCUAAUUUUUAAGUAUUUUAUGUUAUUUUUGUUUUAAUUAAGUGUUCUAAAAAAAAUAUAUUGAUUGAUUCAAUUUCCACCAUUCUGAUUAUAUAAA